UAGUUUGUCCGCAUGGAGCGCUAGCGUCAUUGUUUUCGUUCCGUCUACUUUGAACUUUCGCUUUGUUUUGAAUAGGAUUGUCAGUCGUUGUUUCGUCUGUCUGCACAGUCAUCUGUCGUAGCUACUAAAUCGUGAUUGAACGGCCAACGUCAGUAGGAACUUCCGUCAGAGUGAUUAAAUAAUAAUUUAUUUCGUGUGAUCUGUGUUCAGUGCGGUGCGUGUGACGCCAGUAAUCUGCGUGACAGUGUGUCUCAUAAUCAACAUCUCUCUCUUUGUUCCGUGAUUCAUUCUGCGUUAUCCGUGCGUCCUUUAUCACACUGAGUGUUGGUGAGUUCAUUGCAUUUUCGUUGCGGUCGAUUGAAACUUUUUCGGGGAGCAAAUUGGGGAUUGCAUUCCAUCGUAGUUACCUUCUUCCGCACCCCCAAAUCUUUUGAUCGCUUCUCUGCGAACAUGUCAAAACUCGAUGGAAUAAGGUCCUCUCUGGACUAGUAGAAAGGAAGUGUCAUGAUCUUUGUGUGUGCCGUCAUGAUUCUCAACUCGAGAAGUUGGCUGAGCAAUAUCUUAUGAAUUAAAUGUUCUGUGGUUAAGUGUUGUGAACUACUUAAUACCCCAGCAGAAUGGAUGAUGCGAUUGACGAGCCUCAAUUCAAGUUCAACCGCGGGACGAUGAAACUUAGUCCAGAGCUUCCAAAAUCACUGGAUGAUCACGAUGGGGAAAUAUCCUCUUGGACAAGCACUCCAAAUGAGACGAACGGAACAAACGGGACGCACAGUUCAUCUCUAAACGAAACCACGAAUUCAGAUGACCACAAUGAUCUCACUUGUCUCAGGUUCGAGAUCGUCUCCACCAAAACCGUCCAAGAUGACAAUGCCAAAAAAUACGUGACGUACGUGAUGCGGGUGCGGCUGGACGGGAGCGAGGAGGACGUGCACGACACGCGGAUCGAGCGGCGCUACACGGACUUCCUGGAGCUGUUCUCGCAGCUGAAGCAGGAGCAGCCCGCGAUCAUGGCCCAGAUCAGCUUCCCGAGGAAGCUCCUCGUGGGCAACUUCUCGCAGGAGUCGAUCGCCUGCCGGAGCACCUCCUUCGAGUACCUCCUCCGCUUCGUCGCCGUCCACGACAAGCUCAAGCUCAGCCCCACCACCGUCGCCUUCCUCCAGCAGAAGGAGAUGACCGAGGUCCGACAUCACAUCGCCAACCAGCAACACUCACUCGCAAUCCCGAUCCUGGAAAACACAUUCCGGCUGCUGAACAAGUUCUACACGGACCGGCACCCGGCGGUGCUGCGGGCGCUGUGCCUCCUGGUGGCGUGCUGCCACGCGGCCCGCUCCCCUGACACGGAGCGCUACGCGGGGAUCGCCCUCCGCCGCUUCCAGGGCGUCUCCGACUUCGACCUCCUCCAGUACUACGUGCCGCUCCUCCAGCUCUGCGCCACCCUGGACUGGACCCGCGCCCACAAGGAGCACAACUACGGCACCAUCAUCAAGGAGCGGCUCGCCGACAUGAAGCGCCGCGGCAUGAAGGUCGACGGAUGCCUCCCCUUGCUCGAGCUCCUCCUCCAGCACCAGGAACCCAAGCGGGACUAGAGCCGGGACCAGGGGGACCACCCUCCUUGCGCACCCCCUUUCUGCCCCUCCAUGUAGGGCUGGGUCGUGUCGCGUCGUUACGCCGACUGCCAGCUCGCCGCGCCAGCGCAGUGACAAGUCUCGCCAGUCGGCAAAUGGACCACUAGACAAGCUGCGAAUUUAAGCACUUUGGUACAACCAGAAUUUCACGUAGAGCACGAUUCCAGAAUCUAAAGUUUUUGAAAUCAACCCCUCACUAAGAUAUUAACGUUUCUAUCUUAUCGACAGAGCACAGGGGAGAAUUUCACGAGCCGCCCUGCGCCGUCUACAGAGCGCAUGGCGCACGACCCGCCUUUCAUUAUUACACUUCAUCGAGCGUUGAGAGCUCGCUAAUUGCUUCACACGACCAGUGUGUAAUUUUAAAAGUCGGAAAAAAAAAUAAAAAAAUAAA